AUGUGGCUGCUGUGGUUGCUGUCUGUGGCCAUUGCCGCCUGCCUUGCCGUGGCUUUCCGCUACUUGGUGUACAAGCCACUGCCUGCUGCCAUUCGACAACAGGGGAAGAUUUUGCUACUGAAUGACAUUUUCCAUUUUUUCAAUGGCUUGGCCUUCGUGAGGGAAUGGCUGGGCUAUGGGCACCACAUCGCAUUUUUGCGAAAUCCCUCCGAGAUCCCUGGCACAAUCAAGAAAUCCAAGACCGAGACCGAUAAGGAUGGGUUGGUGGUCAGCAUUACAGCUUUUGAUGGCGUGCCCGUGCGAGUUUACCAGCCCCCGCCAAAAGCUGGCGAGAACCGUCUCAAGAGGGGGCUGCUGUACAUGCACGGAGGAGGCUGGGCCUACGGAAGUCCCGAUGAUGAAGAAUAUGAUUAUAACAGCCGUAAAGCAUCUAAAGAACUCCACAUGGUUGUGGUUUCUGUUGAUUAUCGUAUGUAUCCUGAGACCUGCUUCCCGGUGGCAUACCAGGACUGCCUCGUGGCCGCCAAGCACUUCCUUUCUCCAGAGGUGUUGGCCAAGUAUGGAGUGGACCCGCUGCGAGUGGGGGUGGCAGGGGACAGCGCGGGCGGCAAUCUGUCGGCGGCGCUCGCUCAGACGAUAGCUACAGAUGACAGCAUGCAUGUGAAGUUCAGCGUGCAGGCCUUGAUCUACCCAGCCCUGCAGGCCUUGGACUUCAACACGCCGUCCUACCAGCAGAAUCGAGACAUGGUCAUCCUUGACCGUUCCUUCAUGAUCCAGUUUUGGUUGCAAUACCUGGGCGGCGACCUCUCCCUCAAGCCACGCCUCCUUGCCAACGAGCACAAAUACGAGCUCUCGCCGGAGUUGAGAGCCCGUCUGGACUGGACCGUCCUUCUCUCUCCCGAGUACCAGAAGGGCUUCGUUCCUGCACGUAUCGAGGGGAAGAAAAUGAAGCACGUCGGACUCCUGGAUGCUAUCCCGACUCUGCUGGACGUGCGCGCGUCGCCCCUCUUGGCGGAAGACAAGGUUUUGGCAAAGUGCCCCAAGGCUUACAUCAUGACUUGCGAGUACGACGUGCUUCGAGACGACGGGUUGAUGUAUGCGCGACGCCUGAGGGAUGCAGGCGUGGCGGUCACAACCGAGCACCACCUGGACGGCUUCCAUUUGUGCUUCAUUCUCACUAAGGGGUUUUUUGGUGUAGAUGUUGGGGUGAGGUCUUUCAACUCUUACCUCCGAUGGCUGCGUGACAAUUUAUAG